CAGGAGGCUCCUGACAGGAGCUGAUGCGAAGUUAUCCGGAUAAAGUCGCUUCGCUUGCGGAUAGCUUUAAACCUUAAUAAAGCUUUUGUUACUCAAACAGCUGAUUCUUUGAAAGAAAGAUUCAAUCGACAUUUAAAUUUUACCUGAUCAACAGAUGGCGUUUGUAAACUUUAAAUCCCGUUCGCUUUUUAUUGUCCCAAUUUAGCUAAAUAAUUAUGAACUAGAAAUUCAUACAAAUCUAGUUUUAGUAUCUUCGCUUGGUGCUUUACGAGGUGAUGCAAUGUGUUGCAUUGUUACUAUAAACCAUGUGAUAUUUCAAUAAAAUUUAUGAUAAAAACUGUAAUGAGUUUUAGUGAUAUCAGUUCAGCUGUUUUCUUAUCAGCCAUGUUUGAAAAGUGAGAAUGUUUUUUUUCUAUACAUUAAUUUGGUUCUCUUUUUAAACUAGUUUAAACAUGUUGAAAGUUAAUCGUUCAAUUGGACGUGUCAACUACGUAAAUAAUAUUGACUUUAAAAGAGGAAUUAGGUCUUUAAGAGUGGUUUCAGAACGACAGAAAAAAGUAGAGGAAAAACAUGCUGUUCAAAAUGCCUUGGAAAUUGUUGAAAAGGAAAAACAAUUAGCAGAAUGGAAGAAACAAGAUGCUGAAAAAUUAAUCAAUUGGACUCCAUGGAGGAGAAAAAUUGAAGAUCAAAUAGCCGCUAAAUAUGUUCCAUUACCAUUAAGUUUAACAGGAUUCGGUGAUGGUGCUCGACCUAGGUAUUGGACUCAUAAGUUACGCAAAGCGUUAACAUUGUGGAUGCAAGAAAAGGCAAAAAGUGAAUUAGCGUUGUCUAAUAAGAUUCCAGCCGCAUUAGAAUUAUAUUUAAAAAACAACAAAGAUGGGUCCGACUCUAGGUGUAAAAUUCUUCAUAACGCGAUAGAGCAUGAUAAGUCUAAAACAAUAAAUGUCGAACAAAAUCAAGGUCAAUCGGAACAGAAGUCAUUAAAGUUUCCAUUUGAGAUGCUUGAUGAGCUACGGAGAUCAGAUCCUGAAUCUAAUGAAGUUGGUGAAACUAAAAAAUUUCCAUCCGGCUUAACUGACAAAGAUUAUGAGGAUUUUUUAAAGCAUCAUAAUUUUGUUCAGAAUUUAGCUCUAAAUUUGAAAGACAUUACACCUAUGGAUUAUGAAGAUGAAAUAAGAGGAUGGGGCGCUGAAUUAUGGCGUCGUAAUUAUGGAUCACCAGAUAUAUCAAUUGUACCGAGUUCAGUACCAUGUGGUGGCUGUGGAGCGUACCUUCAUUGUAAUGAUCAAUCUAUUCCAGGUUAUAUACCGAGUGAGGUUUUCAAAAAACUGUCCCAGUCAGACUUAAGAAAGAAAAUUUGUCAACGGUGCGAUUUUCUCGAAAGCUACAACGUUUCACUCGAUGUUAAUGUACCUUCAGAUUUAUAUCCAUCAAUUAUUUCAGAGAUAAGGUUAAAAACUGGUAUCGUUAUAAUAAUGGUUGAUUUAACUGACUUCCCUGGAUCAAUAUGGCCCGGUAUUGUCCAAUUAGUGGGUAAAAUCAGAAAGAUUUAUGUUGUUGGCAACAAAGUUGAUUUGCUUCCGAAAGAUCAAGUCGGAUAUCUUUCGCGAAUAGAAGAAAUAUUGAAAAAAGAAGUUAAAAUUGCCUGUGGAGAUGACGAAAACGCUCAUAUCCGUCAUACAUGUUUGAUAAGUGCCAAAACAGGUUAUGGUGUUGAACAACUAAUUACCAAACUACUUUCCGAUGAUAAUGGGACUCGUGACAUUUAUUUGAUUGGCUGUACCAAUGUUGGUAAAUCAACUUUAUUCAAUAUGUUAUUACAAUCAGAUUUAUGUGCAGCUCGAGGAAAUGAUUUGAUUCAGCGUGCAACUACAUCUCUUUGGCCUGGAACAACUCUUAAUUUAUUGCGAUUCCCUAUCAAUCAGCUUCGUGGAUGGCAACUGCGACUUCGUCGUGCACGGAUGAAAAGACAUUCGGCUCUUGCACAAAAAGAGAAAGACAUGCGAUUAACUAUCUAUCGUCAAACCAAGAACCCUCGUUUAGCAGUUUUAAGUGAUCGUAUUAAUACAACCUUCCAUGAAAAUGUUCCUUUCACUAUAGAAAGUGGUCAUCCUAUGGCGACUAGGCACGCCACUCCUAAACCUUUUGACCCAAAAAAUUUCGCAGACAAAAAUUACAAUUUUUUCUAUGACACACCAGGGUCUAUUUAUAAAGAACAAUUGUUGAGUCUCCUUACGACUGAGGAACUCAUCAAAACAAUACCAAGAGAAACUAUUGUUCCAAGAACAUUUUCAUUGUGGCCUUUUCAAACUCUUUUUAUUGGUGGCUUAGCUCGUAUCGAUGUAGUCCACGCCAGACAAAAUAUUUUACUGACUGUAUUUGCAUCUCAUUAUUUACCUAUUCACGUAACUUUUACUGAACAAGCCAAACAGUUUUAUGAUACUUUCCUGGGAUCUCAAAUGCUUGGUGUACCUUGCGGUGGGCCUGAAAGGCUCGAAAAAUGGCCAAUUCUGAUUCCAAAAGAAAUUGAUUUGACAGGAAUUGGGUGGAAAGAAAGUUGUGCUGAUAUUGUUCUAUCAUCAGCAGGAUGGGUUUCAAUCACUGCCUCUACUCAAAGUGACAUGGUUCUUAAAGCUUUUACACCUGAGGGCAGAGGCAUCUUUCUACGUCAACCAUCGUUGUUACCUUUUGCUGUCAAUUUGAGAGGCCCAAAGAUUGAAGGAACACCUUGUUUUGAAGCUGGACGAACGACAAUAGAUCAAAUUGGCGAUGAUGGAUAUCUCAUUGGCGAGAAGAAGCCCGAUCCACAAAGAAAAUUACCACAAUAUAAAGAAAACAAGGACAGUAGAAAGCAAAAUUUCUUUUUAAGAUGAGAUUAAAUUCAAAUUUGUGUAUAUUAAUUAGUGUACAAAAAAUAGUGUUAUUAAAUUGUUAAAUUGACAUCUAUCAAACAAAGGCGUAAAUC